AUGGUCAGACAUGACUGGAUGUUACGAGUUUAUCAAUGGAUGGGAGUGCCAGAAAAAGUGGUGAAUGUGUUAAGCCACCUGAUGAAGGGAUGGAAAACAAGGUUAGAGGUCACAGACAAAGGAGAAACGAAAAUCGGCAGAUGGAUAAAAAUUCGGAAAGGUUUCUUACAAGGCGACAGCUAUUUCCCGGUGGGUUUUUGCUUAACGGAAAUGCCAGUUACAAGGAAUAAUGUAUGUAACUUGAGGAAAGGAGAUUUGGAAGAGCUGGAUAAGUUUGUUAAAACCGCAUUUAGGAAACAAGGAUUUCAUGGAAAGCAAGCAAGUGACGAGAGAUUGUAUGAGAAAAGAGAUGAUGGUGGAAGGGAAUUGAAAAGCUUUAAGUAG